CCUGCCUGCCCUGCCGCCGGUGCAGCCUGGCAGAGGCCUCUGAAAAUCAUUGGUGUCUUUAAGCCCAAAAAUGAGGAGCCGUAUGGGCAGCUGAACCCCAAGUGGACCAAGUGGCUGCAGAAAUUGUGCUGCCCCUGCUGCUUCGGAAGAGACUGUCUCGUCCUGAACCAGGGCUACCUGUCGGAGGCAGGUGCCAGCCUUGUGGACCAGAAACUGGAACUCAACAUUGUUCCCCGCACAAAGGUGGUGUAUCUGGCCAGUGAGACCUUUAACUACAGUGCCAUUGACAGAGUAAAAUCCCGAGGAAAGAGAUUGGCCCUGGAGAAGGUGCCGAAAGUCGGCCAGCGCUUCAACCGCAUUGGUCUGCCACCCAAGGUGGGCUCCUUCCAGCUCUUUGUGGAAGGCUACAAGGAUGCUGACUACUGGCUGCGGCGAUUUGAAGCUGAGCCGCUUCCUGAGAACACCAACCGGCAGCUGCUGCUGCAGUUUGAGCGGCUGGUGGUGUUGGACUACAUCAUCAGGAACACAGAUCGGGGCAAUGACAACUGGCUCAUCAAGUAUGAUUGUCCCCUGGACAGCGCAGGCGUGCGAGACAGCGACUGGGUGGUGGUGAAAGAGCCCAUCAUCAAGCUGGCUGCUAUAGACAACGGUUUGGCCUUUCCCCUGAAACACCCGGACUCCUGGAGAGCAUAUCCCUUCUACUGGGCAUGGCUACCCCAGGCCAAAAUUCCCUUUUCACAGGAGAUCAAGGACCUGAUUCUUCCCAAGAUCUCGGACCCCAACUUUGUCAAAGACCUGGAGGAAGAUCUGUAUGAGCUCUUCAAGAAAGACCCUGGCUUUGACAGGGGACAGUUUCACAAGCAGAUUGCUGUCAUGAGAGGCCAGAUCCUGAACCUAACUCAGGCGCUGAAAGAUGGGAAGAGCCCCCUGCACCUAGUCCAGAUGCCACCUGUGAUUGUGGAAACAGCACGUUCCCACCAGCGCACUGCCAGCGAGUCCUAUACACAGAGCUUCCAGAGCCGAAAGCCUUUCUUUUCUUGCUGGGAGCUGUGGGAGCCACAGGCAGGGCUCGGCCACCUCGGACUAGCAUUACGAGAGGAGCUGGGCACCUGCUGGCUCCUGUGGCCAGGACCUGAUGUUCUGGGAAGAGCGAGCAGGCGUGGCUGGAGGAACCUGCAGCUGAACUGGAGGAGCAAGGCAGGUUGGGCACGGCCCCUCUUCAGCUCUGUCAGAGCUCGGUGCUGUGCGCAUGCAGCCCUGCCUGGGGAGGAGCCCAGCGGGAGGUGUGGAAAGCAGCUACAGGCCUUGGCAUGACUGGGACCCUGCCCAUGCAUCCCUCCCUUGGCCUGCAUGUGGUUCUGAGCAUGCCUGCUUGUAGCUGGAUUUAGCAGGGUCCCCGCUACUGGGCCUGGGAUCCGUCCAGCCCUUCACACCGGCUGCUAGCCCUCCUCUUCCCUGCUGUGCCUGCUGCUGGCUCCCAGGCUGGGAAGGCCUGCUGUGGGUUAUACCACCCCUCCCUGUCCCCAAGGGUGUGCUGUACUCAUCAUUUUCUCUUCUCUGCCCUAACCCCAUGCACGCUGCUUUCCUCAGGGGGAGUUCCUGCUGCCCGCUGGUGCAGUGGGGACCGUAAUGAAAGGCUGUUCUCUGGCUGGGGGCCUCCUAGGAGGGAUGGGGGGGAUAUGUGAGGGAGGACCCCUGCUCCCUGGGGCUGACUGGGAUGCUAUUAGACACUAAAGGGAAGGAGGUGCUGUAGCCUAGCCACCCUCCCUGCAGGUGUGCCUGCAGGAGCUCACCCCUUCCUGGGGGGAGAAGGCCAAGGGGAGGUACAAGCAGCCUCUUGCUUGCUGGCCCUGGUCGAUCCAUUCUGCCAGGUGUUUCUACAGCUGCUCUUGCUUGGCUUUUGCUCUGCUCCCAGCAAGGUCCCUGGCUGCUGUGCAGCUAGUGCCAGGCCAGCCAGUGUGCCCCCAGCCUUGCCUGCCCCUCGGUGCCCUUGAGGGGAAGGGGGUGGCUGGAAGGGUCCUUCCAGCUGCAUGGGUAGGAGUCACAGCAGAGGACCUGUAUGGGGAGCACGCAAGGUCCACAGCAGUGCAGACAAUCCGAGGGCCUGGUGCAGGCACGUGAGGCAGCGGGUUCCCCUCUCCCACAAGCUGCUAAGCUGUUGUAUAAAAUGGUACCAGGGCUUCUGCCUGCAUCUGCUUGCCUAGAGCUAAGGCUUUUCCUGCUGCUGGGGGGCCUUGCUGUCCUAUUUGUCCAUCUUGGGGGUAGGAGAUGAAGGCUGGCUGGGAUGCUGCUGCUUCAGCCUGAGGGGGUAGAGCAG